CAUCGAAGUUUUAUCUGGUAGUUCCUCAAAUCUUCAUUUGCUUCCAUCUCUGCUGUUCUGCCCUUUGCUUUAUUGAGAGAAACGAUGGAGGUUGUUGGAGAGGCCAUUCUUUCUUCUGCCCUUGAAUUGUUGUUUGAUAAGCUGGGAUCCUCCGAGUUGCUCAAGUUUGCUCGCCAAGAGAAUGUCAUUGGUGAACUUGACAACUGGAGGGACGAACUGUUGAUUAUUGAUGAGGUGCUGGACGAUGCGGAAGAGAAGCAGAUUACAAGAAAGUCCGUGAAAAAAUGGCUGAAUGAUCUCAGAGACUUGGCUUACGAUAUGGAGGACGUACUGGACGAGUUCACCACGGAGCUGUUGCGGCACAGGUUGAUGGCGGAACGUCAUCAGGCGGCUACCACAAGUAAGGUACGGAGCCUCAUCCCAACUUGCUUUACUGGUUUCAAUCCUGUAGGUGAUCUUCGGUUGAAUGUUGAGAUGGGGUCCAAGAUUAAGGAAAUCAGUAGACGGUUGGACAAUAUUUCAACUCGGCAAGCUAAACUGGGUUUGAAAAUGGAUCUUGGGGUUGGGCACGGCUGGGAAAGGUUUGCAUCUGGAAGAAGAGCUUCUACUUGGGAACGGCCGCCCACGACAUCUUUGAUGAAUGAAGCUGUUCAAGGUAGGGAUAAAGAAAGAAAGGAUAUUGUUGAUUUGCUGUUGAAGGAUGAAGCAGGGGAAAGCAACUUCGGUGUACUUCCCAUUGUUGGCAUUGGAGGGACCGGCAAGACUACGCUUGCCCAGCUCGUAUGCAAGGAUGAAGGCAUAAUGAAGCAUUUUGACCCCAUAGCCUGGGUUUGCAUAUCAGAAGAAUGUGAUGUGGUGAAGAUAUCAGAAGCAAUUCUCCGUGCACUCUCUCAUAAUCAGAGUACAGAUCUCAAGGACUUCAAUAAAGUUCAACAGACAUUGGAAGAGAUAUUGACUCGAAAGAAGUUUUUACUGGUUUUAGAUGACGUGUGGAACAUAAACCACGAUGAGCAAUGGAAUACUCUGCAGACGCCUUUUAAAUAUGGAGAAAAAGGGAGUAAGAUCAUAAUAACAACGCGUGAUGCAAAUGUGGCAAGAACGAUGAGAGCAUAUGAUUCACGCUACACUCUGCAGCCUUUGUCUGAUGAUGAUUGUUGGUCUUUGUUUGUGAAGCAUGCUUGUGAAACUGAAAAUAUCCAUGUACGCCAAAAUUUGGUACUACGUGAAAAAGUUACAAAAUGGUGCGGUGGUUUGCCCUUAGCAGCAAAGGUGCUUGGUGGCCUUUUACGCUCUAAACUACAUGAUCACUCAUGGGAAGAUCUAUUGAAGAAUGAAAUUUGGAGAUUACCAAGUGAGAAGCGUGACAUUCUCCAAGUAUUAAGAUUAAGUUACCAUCAUUUGCCUUCUCAUUUAAAGAGAUGUUUUGGUUACUGCGCAAUGUUUCCCAAGGAUUAUGAAUUUGAGAAGAAGGAACUAAUCUUGUUAUGGAUAGCUGAAGGCUUAAUUCACCAAUCAGAAGGAGGUAGGCAUCAAAUGGAAGAUUUAGGUGCUAAUUACUUUGAUGAAUUGUUGUCAAGGUCAUUUUUUCAAUCAUCUAGUAAUGACAAAUCAAGAUUCGUAAUGCAUGAUCUAAUUAAUGAUCUAGCUCAAGAUGUUGCACAAGAACUAUAUUUUAAUCUAGAGGACAAUGAGAAGGAGAAUGACAAGAUAUGCAUAGUUUCUGAAAGGACUCGUCAUUCAUCAUUCAUUCGUAGCAAGAGUGAUGUGUUUAAACGAUUUGAAGUAUUUAAUAAAAUGGAGCAUUUACGAACUCUUGUUGCAUUACCAAUCAGUAUGAAGGACAAGAAAUUCUUCUUAACUACUAAGGUUUUUGAUGACUUGUUGCCAAAGUUAAGACACUUGAGGGUGCUCUCCUUGAGUGGUUAUGAGAUAACUGAGUUACCAAAUUCGAUUGGUGAUUUGAAACUCUUGCGAUAUCUUAACUUGUCCUAUACUGCAGUCAAAUGGUUGCCUGAAUCAGUGAGUUGUCUCUACAAUCUACAAGCAUUGAUAUUAUCCGGUUGUAUAAAACUUAGUAGGUUGCCUAUGAACAUUGGGAAUUUGAUUAACCUUCGCCAUCUUAAUAUUCAAGGCUCAAUUCAACUAAAAGAGAUGCCUCCACGAGUGGGUGAUUUGAUAAAUUUACGAACAUUGUCAAAGUUUAUUGUGGGCAAACAGAAAAGGUCAGGAAUAAAAGAAUUGAAGAACUUGUUGAAUCUUAGAGGAAAUCUCUUCAUUUCAGAUUUGCACAAUAUUAUGAAUACGAGGGACGCAAAGGAAGUAGACUUGAAAGGGAGACAUGACAUUGAGCAGUUAAGGAUGAAAUGGAGCAACGAUUUUGGAGAUUCAAGAAAUGAAAGUAAUGAACUUGAGGUCUUCAAGUUCCUACAACCGCCUGACAGUUUGAAAAAGCUUGUUGUUUCUUGUUAUGGUGGACUAACUUUCCCAAAUUGGGUAAGAGAUCAUUCAUUCUCAAAAAUGGAGCACCUGAGUCUCAAAAGUUGCAAAAAAUGCGCGCAGUUGCCACCAAUUGGGAGACUACCUUUACUCAAGAAGUUGCACAUUGAAGGGAUGGAUGAAAUUGCAUGCAUAGGUGAUGAGUUCUAUGGGGAGGUUGAGAACCCUUUUCCAUCUUUGGAGUCUUUGGGGUUUGAUAAUAUGCCAAAAUGGAAAGACUGGAAGGAAAGGGAAUCAUCAUUUCCUUGCCUCGGAAAGCUUACAAUAAAAAAAUGUCCAGAACUGAUUAACUUGCCGAGUCAGUUGCUUUCCUUGGUGAAGAAGCUUCAUAUUGAUGAAUGCCAAAAAUUGGAAGUGAAUAAAUACAACAGAGGGUUGUUAGAAAGUUGUGUUGUUAAUGAGCCUUCACUCACAUGGUUGUACAUUGGGGGGAUUUCAAGGCCAAGUUGUUUAUGGGAAGGGUUUGCUCAAUCCUUAACAGCUCUUGAAACAUUGAAAAUAAAUCAAUGUGAUGAGUUGGCAUUUCUGGGACUGCAAAGCCUCGGUAGUCUUCAACAUUUAGAGAUCAGAAGUUGUGAUGGAGUUGUAUCCUUGGAAGAGCAAAAGCUGCCUGGCAAUCUUCAACGUUUGGAAGUGGAAGGGUGUUCCAACUUAGAGAAGCUGCCGAAUGCACUAGGAAGCCUCACAUUUCUCACAAAGUUGAUAAUUUCGAAUUGCUCCAAACUUGUGUCCUUCCCAGCCACGGGUUUCCCACCAGGGCUAAGAGAUCUUACGGUGACAGAUUGUAAGGGUCUCGAAUCACUGCCUGAUGGAAUGAUGAAUAACAGCUGUGCCCUUCAAUACUUGUACAUUGAAGGUUGUCCAUCUCUCCGCCGCUUUCCAGAAGGUGAGCUUUCCACCACCCUUAAGCUGCUGCGUAUCUUUAGAUGUGAAAGUCUGGAGUCUCUACCUGAGGGUAUAAUGCGCAACCCUUCAAUUGGCAGCAGCAACACUAGUGGCCUUGAAACAUUGGAGGUACGGGAAUGUUCAUCUCUCGAAUCCAUUCCAAGUGGUGAGUUUCCCUCCACCCUUACCGAACUUUGGAUUUGGAAAUGCAAGAACUUGGAGUCAAUUCCAGGCAAGAUGUUGCAAAAUCUCACCUCUCUUCAAUUGCUGGAUAUAUCUAAUUGUCCGGAAGUUGUGUCCUCUCCGGAAGCGUUUUUGAGCCCCAACCUUAAAUUUCUUGCGAUUUCAGAUUGCCAGAAUAUGAAGAGGCCUCUAUCUGAGUGGGGCCUUCACACACUCACCUCUCUUACACACUUCAUCAUUUGUGGCCCAUUUCCAGAUGUGAUUUCUUUUUCAGAUGAUCAUGGGUCUCAACUUUUUCUUCCUUCAUCUCUCGAAGAUCUUCAAAUAUUUGAUUUCCAGAGCUUGAAAUCCGUAGCCUCCAUGGGACUCCGAAACCUCAUCUCUCUGAAAAUUCUUGUGUUGAGCAGCUGCCCUGAGCUGGGGUCUGUUGUACCAAAGGAAGGGCUACCACCCACACUUGCAGAACUCACAAUCAUAGAUUGCCCUAUUCUAAAAAAGAGGUGCCUCAAAGACAAAGGAAAAGAUUGGCUCAAGAUUGCCCAUAUUCCCAAAGUUGUUAUAGAUGGAAUUAUUCAACAAUCAAGUAUGCCCGAUUCAUAACACUCCCUUAUCUACUCGGAUACCUGCUUCAAUUCAGAGUCCAUGUCCUGAAUAUGGUGUUGCCACUUCUUUCUAUUUGCUAUCUUGGUUCUAUUUCUCUCUGACUGAAUUUGGGUUUGGUACCGGAAAGAAGAUGAAAGAUAACCUAGCAAAAGCAUGCACUUGCAAGAUUAGGGCCUGGCACCAGGACCGUCCUCUCACAUCGCUCAAUUUUGCACCUCCAGAAGAUGUGGAAGCCUUUCUUAAUUAAUUAUGGUAUCUGGAUAAGCUGCCAGCAAGUCUGCAUGGUCUCACAUGUCUGGGAGAUAAGAGAAUGUUGUUGUGCUGAAAGAUUGUUUCCUCUCAGGGGACUGGUUUAUCGUCAUUGCUCUGCAUCAAGGACCAAAAUCAACAUUUGCAAGACUUGAAAUCUUGCUCAUUCUCUUCUGAAAUAUCUGUGCUUCCAAGAAAAAGUAUAGAUUGUUCCUGUGAUAUUCCACAUCCUCCCGUAGAAUUAGAUGAUUGAACCAUCUAUUAAAGAAUCAUCAUCUCUGUUCACAGAAGUACAAGCAUUGAUUAUACUUUCCUCUUUAUCUUCAAGAUAAAGUUUAUCAAUAUCUGUAUCCCCAUUCAUGUCUCGAUGCACCCAAUGGAAUGCUGCUACAAAGCUAGUUCAGCGUAAAGAUUUGCCCUGAAUGGGGAAAAGAUAGAAUUGCAAGACCGGUUAAAAUCCUAUGGAUCAAGAAAUAUGUCAAGUUUCAGUUCUUUUUCUGAAGAAAGGGCUGCAUGCAAUUCUUAAAUUAUCCAUGAGGAACUUUCCUGUCUGGAGAUACAGUGAUUCAAGGAGAAAUGAAAAAAAUGCCCCAUUUCCACAUUCCCAGUAUGCCGAUGAUAGCUCACUUGUCCAUGAAGAAACUUCAAACUGAAUUAUGUUUUCACUGGAAAAAAAAAGAACAGAGGCCACCAUAUCCCAUGCUCUUUUCAAUCAGGACUAAAAUGGGAAAAGGAUGCAAACCAAACUUUAAAUUUCAUAACCAUAAAUGCAGCCUUCUAGCAUGGGGUGCAGGGCAUUGGAAUUUGACUGGGAGGUGUAGCUUACACAAUUUAUGGAGUACUCAACUCUGUAGAAGUUUCAUCAUUAACUGUUGGGUGCUCGGGUCUGUUGUCCUUUUCAUAUGAUAAUCAAUGUUUGCCUCUUCCUAUGACUCCAACUUCUCUUUGUGUCCAAAAAAAUCUUCCGAAUCAGGAUUCCAUGUCCUUCAGGAAAACGGACUGAUGUGGACAAAAAGCCAAACCUGGUCAUUUCUGCAGCUUAUCAGUAUCUGCCUGGGUAAAGUAUCCCAAUCAUAGGAUUCUCUUCAGCAAAAGGAGCUAUGCUAGAUGCACCAUUUUACAAAAUUUUGGGGGUCACACCUGAUUACAGUUUCCAAAAUCACGUCUUUUAGAAGUUUUGAAAAGCCCCAUUAAGUUCAUUUUAAAAUUUGAUUCUUUCUAAGAUUAGUGUCUGCUUCAUGUGACUCCAAUUUUCAAAUCCAAAAGGAUCCAAUGCUUAGCUCUGUUUCAAACUUUUGGGUAAUUACAUCAUAUGGUACAAGAUAACAGGUUGAGAGAGUUCAAGGGAUAUCCCAAAACUGUACCUCUCUGAAAACCAAGGAUGGAUGGCUGGCCUAGGCUUUGAUCAUCUUUGCUGGAGGAAUAGAAGAAGAUUCCCGUUUUUUCUUAAGUGACAUAAAAGUUAGAUAUUGAUUGAAAGACCAUCAAACUUAGCUGGAGUUGAUUUGUUUAUUGGAGUCAAAGAAACGGUAAGUUCUCCUAGUUUUGCAGAAUUUUAUUAAUCUAUGUUUUAAUUUAGCUACCACAAUUGCUAGUGAUUCUUAGUUAUUCCAAGCAUUAAUUCUCAAGAAAUUUCCUUUUUAUUUAGUAAUCAUCUACUGCUGCAUUUGCAGACUUCGGUAGAUAAAUAAAUAGGAUCCAUCCUUUUUUUCGUAAUCAGAAUUAAGGCUCCUAUUUAGUCCUUUCUCUUCUUUUUGUUUUGGUUUUUGAGAUGAUGAAGCAAUUUUUGGUGUUGAUAGCAGCAACCCUUGUGGCCAUGAAAUAUUGAAUGAAUGGGGAUGUUCAUCUCUCAAGUCAAUCCAAUAGAAUGCCAGAAUACCAAGAGACCUUCAUCAGAGUGGACAGAUUUUUCUUCCCACGUCUCUCAACUAUCUUCGCGUACAUAAUUCAUUUCCAGAAUUUGAAAUCCAUAGCCUCCAUGGGAUUCAAAAGCCUAGUCUCUCUAGAAACUCUUUUGUUGGAGGCCUGCCCUAGGCUCAGGUCUGUUGUAACAAAGGGAGGGCUGCCACUCAUGCUUGUAGAGCUUCAAAUCAAGGAUUGUUCUAUUCUAAAAAAGUGGUGUCUCAAAGACGAAGGAAAAGAUUGGCUCAAGAUUGCCUACAUCCCCAAUGUCCUAAUAGAUGAAAUUAUACAACAACAAGCAAAUGUGAAAGCCUUUAAUCAUGCUCACCUGAAGAAGCUGUCAACAAGUCAGCAUGGUAUCACAUCUCUGGGAGAUAAGAGCAUGAAGUUGUGCUAAAAGAUUGUUUCCUCUCAGGGAACUGAUUUAUCAUCAGUGCUCUGCAUCAAGGACCCAAAUGAACACUUACAAAACUUGAUAUUUUGCUCAUUGUCUUCUGAAAUAUGGGUGCUUCCAAGAAAAAUGAUGGAUUGUUCCUGUGAUUUUCCACUCUUCUAUUGAUUGUUCACAGAAGUACAAGCGUCGAUCAUACUUCCCUCUUUAUAUUCAAUGAGUUCAGAAUCAAGAUUUGCCAUGAAUAGGGAAAAGAUAGGAUUGCAAGACUGUUUAAAGUGGUAUGGAUCAAGAUAUGUGCCAAGGUUCGGUCCUUCUGUUUAAGGAAGAGUUGCCUACGACUUCUGAAACUGUCUAUGAGGAACUAUCCUAUAUGGAAAUAGAGUGAUUCAAGGAGAAAUGGAAAGAUUGCCUCCUUUUAACAUUCCCUGUAUGCUGAUAAAUAAUGUUUCAAUUUUAGUUCUGAUUGGAACUCGUAUUUGAAUGGUGAAUGGCUAUGUAAUUGACACUCUGUGAAUUGAAUGUCAUUGAUCAUUACAUUAAUUAAAUGUUUGGAUAUUUCUUUGAAAAAAUGUUAAAAU